ACCUGGGGCUUGGCUUGGCUUGCUCUGAGCAGGCUCCCGGUCAGUGAUCGACCGACGGUCGGGGAAUCGCCUUCAGUCAUAGAAUCUGCUGUCGCUUCUUCAUGAAUCCCCGCCCUGCUUCCUUUUCUUGCAGCCGCCGAAAGAUUGCCGUGGGCAAGUCUCCUGGCCCUUGUCGCUCAAGCGGGCCUGACGUCGAAAGGCCCGUGGGGUCCUCCCGGGCUUUGUCGUUCGCACGCAGCCGAUGGCCAGGAGGCGUGCAGGUAGAGCGGCAUUGCUACCGGUCUACUGGUAGACGCGCAGCGUACCCUGGCGUCCAGGGAUCUCUUGAAGUGUCAGUGCCAUGGCCGGCCUUGUCACUGAUGCUGUGAGACAUCAGGCUAGCACGCUUAAGGUGAGCGCCCUCGUUUACCAAACUGUCAAUCCUCUGCCGGAUGACAAUGAGAGGCGAUGGUAACGUGGACUGCUCCGAGACAAAUCCGGUACCGUUACCCGGUUUGCCAGCAACAGAAAAUCGAGCUUCGCUGUCCGCACCCGCAUCAAGUCCCUCGAGUCCCGGUCACAUCCCCGCUGUGUCACCCCCUCCCAACUCGCAGGUCGUUCAGCUCGCUUCACGCCGCUCAAUCUUCCAGCGGAAUGGAGUCGGCCAAGGUUACCGGAGGAUUAAACCCUAAGUCUUCCAUACCCAAUAUAUAAAUAGAAUAAAAAAAGAAAGCAACAUAGUACCUUUUUUUCCUUUACUUUAUAAAAUCAAUAGUGGGUACAACUUAUUUCGAUGUUUUAUUUGAAAGCAGUUUUGAGUAUAGAUAGGUAACAAAGGAC